UGGGAGUGGGUUUGUUUACUCUUGUGUCUACAUGUACCUGUAUUUUGGCUUGUAAGCUUUAUAAGUUAGCUUGUACUCUUACAUGCUCUUUAAUACAAUAUCUAUCUGGAAACUGUUAUAAGAAGAUAUGCAGUGGAUUUUGAGGUCAUCAACAGCAAGAUCCUUCGAAGGAAAGUGCAUCAGACCACCCUGGCCCUAUGAAGACCCGGAGGAUCUGGAAGAUGAUGUUACCCUGGUUUUCUGUAAGCCUAGUUGGCAGCUCAGAGCCUGCCUUGCCUCUGUGUUGAUCACCCCUGUGCUCUACCAACUCUACCUCAUUAUGGUCACCAUCAGAUACAUACUCUUCUUACAAACUUUUUCCUCUCCCCCACGUCCUGCUUGCCCUGUGGUUGACUUGAGUUGGACUGGAGUGUUUCCUUGUGAGCUGGGAUGGAGGGGGAGUGCACUGGCCGUUCUCAUUCUGUCAGCUGUGUUUAUCAUCUGCUACUCACUCAUCACUGCCUGCUUGGUGAGAUGGAACCCUCGGAAACAAUGGAACUCAACCACAUUAGUUUUUGAUACUCAAGAAAAGCCGGCCAAGUUCCAAGUGAGAGUUCAGAGCACUAAUCGACUGAUGUUGCCCCCCACUCUCAGUCUGUGUAUACUGUUACUGAUAUUCCGCUUACUGUUACAGUCAGGAGAUGUUGAAGCAAAUCCUGGACCAACGCUUACCUCAACUUUGACUCUCAAUGAUUUGAAUUCUGUUUACAAGAACUUGAUAAAAGCUGCUGGAAACUGGUUCGACCUGGGACUUGAUCUGGGAUUAGACUUUGACACCCUUGAUAAUAUAAGUCAAAAGCAUCGAGACAAUGAAACCUGUCUACGUGAUAUGCUAGCUGCUCGCUUGAAGAGUGGCCCUCUCACCUAUUCUGACAUAUGUCAGAGUCUCAGAGCACCAACAGUUAAACGAGAUGCCAUCGCUGAUGCUAUAGAGGAGGCAUGUACAGAUGACAAUACUUUGCCUGGGCCAUCAAAGAGGCCAAAAUUGAGUGCUAUUGAAACAUAUAAAACAUACCUUAUUAGCAUUUACAACGUAAAACAGCUUCCUGCUGAUGAGCGCUAUCCUCUUGACUGUGUGAAACAUUUUAUAAAUCUGAAGAUUGUCGACGAUCGUGAUCGAUUUGCUCGACCCAAAUUUCAAACACACGAAGUGCACGGAAAAAUUGAUCUUGUAGAUAAAGGCCAAGUUUGUAUUGAACGAAUUGCAUGUAAAAUUGGAGACUCGUUUCCCAAACUAGUUAUCAUCAAAGGAGCUCCAGGAGUCGGUAAGACCACCUUGUCAUGGGAACUGUGCAGACGGUGGAGUCUAGGGUACAUUUGGAGAGACUACUUUCUUGUUGUAUUGCUGUCACUUCGUGAUAAGUGCACUCAUGAAGCUAAUAACUUGGUUGACCUUUUUGAAUGUGGAGAUGAAGCUAGAUCACAGAAAGUCAGCGACGAAGUAUCUCGAUCAGAAGGUGAAGGAUUGCUAUUUAUUCUUGAGGGUCUCGAUGAAUUUCCGCCUGCACUUAGAGAAACGAAGGACAGCUGUAUUAUCAUGAAACUCAUACAUGGAAGACUCCUUCCAGCCAGCACUGUUCUCAUAACCACCAGGCCAUGGGCUGUACCUGUAGGGUGUAGUCAUCGAAUUGAUCAAAAGAUUGUGGUCCUUGGUUUUACAGAGAUACAGGUACAAGAAUAUAUUGAUUUGGCAAUUAAGGAUGGAGCACCAGAUGGAUUGAGAACAUAUAUUGCUGCCAACCCACAAAUACACAGUGCCAUGUACAAUCCUCUCUGUGCUCGUAUUGUUGUUCAAGUUUACAUGGAAUGGCAUGACGAAAAACAAAAUAUUUUCCCGAACACAAGAACAGAACUUUUUACUGAAUACUCUCGUGUUUUGCUAAAGCGAUACCUCACUGACCACCCAGUGCAAGAGAAGUGGAAUGGUGAUCUUCAUGACUUGCCUCCAUCACUUCAACUUCAUUUCCUUGACCUUUGUAAAGUUGCCCACAAGGGAAUAGUAUUAAAAGAACACCAGCUUAUUUUCUACGAGAAUGACAUUCCCGAAGGCAGUGCUACACUUGGUUUUAUGAAUAGUGUCCAUCCAUUGCAUCAAUCCAUAACAAAAACCGCAUCUCCUUCAUAUAACUUCAUUCAUCUAACGCUGCAAGAGUUCUUGGCUGCAUUCCAUAUAUGGAGAACAUACCCCCAACAGGAACAGCUACUUUUCAUUGAAGAACAGUCCGAAAAGUAUGGCAUGAUCAAGUUAUUUUUAGCCGGUCUCACAACAUUUUCUGAUUCCUGGACAAAAUGUGUUCUACCUGCUCCACGAUCGCGAGUUAGAUCGUCAGACAAUGAGUUGGUGAUUUACCUCAAUAGACAACACAUACUCUGGCUUUAUGAAACUCAAAAUGAACAACUAAUUUCCUCUUUCGAUAAUGUUGUACUCCUUAUCGAACUAACACACUCACAAUUGGAUCCCUUGUAUUUCCUUGCUCUAGGCUAUUGCAUAGCAGUAGGAAAAUUCAUGCUAGAAUUAAGUAUUAGCAAUCCCCGGGCGACUAGCUGGGACGGGACAGAUAUUUAUCUUCAAAAAAAUCUUCAUCAUUUAAUGGAUGAACUCAAGCGACACAACUCUAAAUGCUCUUCACAUGUUAAAUUCUUGGAUAUAGUAUUGCAUGAUAAUUAUUCAAUUUCACCCCCUUUUGAUCUUUUGUGUGAAAUCAUCAACUAUAUUCCAGCUUCAACAAAUGUAGUGUUGCAUAAUGACUCUGAUGGAAUGGAAUUGACAAGCAAAUUCCUGUCGAAAUUCAUAGUUAAUGCUGAGAAGGUUAAUACAACAUCAUACUUUCUGGAUGCCUUGAAAGAUUCAAGAACUUUAAAGAUUUUGUGUUGUCUCAUUAAUCGCCCCCUAUCUGCUAGUGAAAUUGAUGCGAUUAAAAAACUCUGUACCUCUUUGGAAUAUUUGCAGGUCUCCGUAAGUGUCGGCUAUAUUGAUGAUAGCGAUGAUGAAUCAGUGAAACAUAGUGGUACACAGUAUUUAGUAUUUGGAUUGAAUAUCAAAAGGUUUAAAGAACUGCAGCUUUGUCAAUUGUUCCCUUCAAAUUUCGGUCCUAUAUAUAUGGGUGAUUUCACAGAACAAGCCAAAAAAUUCAUCAAUCACUUCGCUGACUAUUUGACAUAUUUUAUGCGUUAUGGUCCACUGUGCAGCAAUGUCUUAAAACACUCAGUCUCUCAUUCCCUCUCCAAGUGUCCUGUGCUGGAAGAACUAACAAUUCUCUCCGACAUACCUAAAUCUAAAUCUCUGCAGAACUCUGAUUGCUUUAAGGUGGAUUCCUUAAUUUUUAACACACUUGAGCAAAGCGUUUCAGUUAAACUUAAAAAGUUAUGUUGCUCCAUGAACUUUACAUCAGACGAAAUUGUGGAUGAGUUCUGUGUCCUUUUGCAGAAAAACAUUUCUCUGGAGGAAAUAGAAAUUUGUGUUUGUGAUGGUGUUACACUUAGUUUUGCCGUGCAAAUCACGAGAUUAUUCAUUGAUGAUGUUGAGCGGCCGGCAGUUUCAUCAAUGUUUUUAAAAAAUAUAAUGGAGAUAUUAAGUAUGAAGCUAAAAAAACUCGAAAUUACACUAGACUUUAAUUUUAAUGGUCAAGUAAUAGCCAACAACGAUUCAAUUGUGGCUAUUUGCAAUGUACUUGAGAAUAAUAAGAAUCUUGAGUACCUGCAUUUGCCAACACUAUAUAUGGAACCACAGCAGCGUUUCUUACUACCUAUCGCAAAUGCAUUGAGUAAGAAUUCCAGUCUCACAACUUUGAUAUUGGAGUUUAAACCUGCAAAAACAGAAUUUUCAAAGCCUCGCUAUGAGUUUCUAUUUAUCAAUCCAGAAGACUGUACAGCUGUUGGUGAUAUGUUGAAAGUAAAUAAGAGUCUUCUUGUUCUCCACCUAAUAGUGGAUAUUCCCGACUGGUCUCUGAUUAUCGAGGGUCUAAAACUCAAUACGACAAUUGAAGAAUUACAUGUUCCAUCAAGUGCAAGGAAAAGUGCUAUAAAGUGCAUCGACUAUGACAGUGUUAGGAGUAGAGUAAAGUAUCCCAAAGAAAUUUAAUUAGCAAUGAAUUUGUGUGUCUACAUAGAUAUUAUGUUAGUAUGUGUCAUGAUCAUUUCCAAUUGCAAUGAUAUAUUAAUAUUUUA